AUGAAAACAGUGGGAAACAUUAGCUGCUGGGGUGUACUACAUAUGUCAGACAUGAGGAUCGUGCUGCUGGGAAACAUAAAUGCUGGGAAGAGUUCAUCAGGAAACACCAUCCUGGGCAGACAGGAGUUUGGUACUGCAGGGAGAACAGCUGAGUGUGUGAAGAGAGAAGGAGAAACAGCAGGCAGACACAUCACUGUAGUGGAGGCACCAGGAUGGUGGGUAAACCCCACUUUAGAGAAAACUCCUGAACGUGAUAAAGGAGAGAUUGUCCUCAGUGUGUCUCUGUGUCCUCCAGGACCCCAUGCUCUACUCCUGGUCAUUGAUGUGAGAGACCCAUUCACAGAGAGAGACAGAAGAGCAGUGCAGGAACACAUGGAGCUUCUGGGUGUGAGAGUCUGGAGUCACACUAUAGUGCUGUUCACCAGAGGGGACUGGCUAGGAGACACAAGCAUUGAGCAGCACAUUGAGAGUGGAGGAGAGGCUCUGCAGUGGGUUGUAGAGAAAUGUGGGAACAGGUACCAUGUUCUAGACAAUAAUAAGACUGAUGGUGGCCAGGUGACAGGACUGCUGGAGAUAAUAGAAGAGAUGGUGGCAGCAAACAGUGGUCAUCAUGUAGACUUUGAUGCAGAGAUCAUGAAUGGAUUGAUGAAGAGGAAGAAGGAAGAAAAGAGAAGAGCAGAGGAGAGGAAGAUAAAGGUGAAGAAACACAGAGAUACUCUCAGAUCAUCAGCAGGUGGUGUUCCUCACAUGUCUGACAUGAGGAUCGUGCUGCUGGGAGGACGACUUCAGGGGAAGAGUUCAUCAGGAAACACCAUCCUGGGCAGACAGGAGUUUGGUACUGCAGGGAGAACAGCUGAGUGUGUGAAGAGAGAAGGAGAAACAGCAGGCAGACACAUCACUGUAGUGGAGGCACCAGGAUGGUGGAUAAACUACACUGUAGAGAAAACUCCUAAACGUGAUAAAGGAGAGAUUGUCCUCAGUGUAUCUCUGUGUCCUCCAGGACCCCAUGCUCUAGUACUAGUCAUUAGGGCAAGUCAGUCAUUCACAGAGAUACAGAGAAGAGCAGUGCAGGAACACAUGGAGCUUCUGGGUGAGAGAGUCUGGAGUCACACUAUAGUGCUGUUCACCAGAGGGGACUGGCUAGGAGACACAAGCAUUGAGCAGCACAUUGAGAGUGAAGGAGAGGCUCUGCAGUGGGUUGUAGAGAAAUGUGGGAACAGGUACCAUGUUUUAGACAACAAGAGUGAUGGUGGCCAGGUGACAGAGCUGCUGGACAAGAUAGAAGAGAUGGUGGCAGGAAACAGAGGUCAUCAUGUAGACUUUGAUGCAAAGAUCAUAAAUGGAUUGAUGAAGAGGAAGAAGGAAGAAAAGAGAAGAGCAGAGGAGAGGAAGAUGAAGGUGAAGAAACAGAGAGAGACUCUCAGAUCAUCAGCAGGUGGUGUACCACAUAUCUCAGACAUGAGGAUUGUGCUGCUGGGAAACAGAGCUGCAGGGAAGAGUUCAUCAGGAAACACCAUCCUGGGCAGACAGGAGUUUGGUACUGCAGGGAGAACAGCUGAGUGUGUGAAGAGAGAAGGAGAAACAGCAGGCAGACACAUCACUGUAGUGGAGGCACCAGGAUGGUGGGCAAACUACACUGUAGAGCAAACUCCUGAACGUGAUAAAGGAGAGAUUGUCCUCAGUGUGUCUCUGUGUCCUCCAGGACCCCAUGCUCUACUCCUGGUCAUUGAUGUGAGUCAGUCAUUCACAGAGACACACAGAAGAGCAGUGCAGGAACACAUGGAGCUUCUGGGUGAGAGAGUCUGGAGUCACACUAUACUGCUGUUCACCAGAGGAGACUGUCUGGGAGACACAAGCAUUGAGCAGCACAUUGAGAGUGGAGGAGAGGCUCUGCAGUGGGUUGUAGAGAAAUGUGGGAACAGGUACCAUGUUGUAGACAAUGAGAAGAGUGAUGGUGGCCAGGUGACAGAGCUGCUGGACAAGAUAGAAGAGAUGGUGGCAGGAAACAGAGGUCAUCAUGUAGACUUUGAUGCAAAGAUCAUGAAUGGCUUGAUGAAGAGGAAGGAGGAAGAAAAGAGAAAAGCAGAGGAGAAAAAGAUGAAGGUGAAGAAACAGAGAGAGACCCUCAGAUCAUCAGCAGGUGGUGUUCCACAUAUAUCAGACAUGAGGAUCGUGUUGCUGGGAGGACGAAAUGAUGGGAAGAGUUCAUCAGGAAACACCAUCCUGGGCAGACAGGAGUUUGGUACUGCAGGGAGAACAGCUGAGUGUGUGAAGAGAGAAGGAGAAACAGCAGGCAGACACAUCACUGUAGUGGAGGCACCAGGAUGGUGGAGUAACUACACUGUAGAGGAAACUCCUGAACGUGAUAAAGGAGAGAUUGUCCUCAGUGUGUCUCUGUGUCCUCCAGGACCCCAUGCUCUACUCCUGGUCAUUAGGGUGAGUGACCCAUUCACAGAGACAUUCAGAAGAGCAGUGCAGGAACACAUGGAGCUUCUGGGUGAGAGAGUCUGGAGUCACACUUUAGUGCUGUUCACCGCACAUGGGGACUGGCUGGGAGACACAAGCAUUGAGCAGCACAUUGCAAGUGAAGGAGAGGAUCUUCAGUGGGUUGUAGAAAAAUGUGGGAACAGGUACCAUGUUUUAGAUAAGAAGAGUGAUGUUGGCAAGGUGACAGAGCUGCUGGAGAAGAUAGAAGAGAUGGUGGCAGGAAACAGAGGUCAUCAUGUAGACUUUGAUGCAAAGAUCAUAAAUGGAUUGAUGAAGAGGAAGAAGGAAGAAAAGAGAAGAGCAGAGGAGAGGAAGAUGAAGGUGAAGAAACAGAGAGAGACACUCAGAUCAUCAGCAGGUGGUGUUCCACACAUCUCAGACAUGAGGAUUGUGCUGCUGGGACACAUACUUGCUGGGAAGAGUUCAUCAGGAAACACCAUCCUGGGCAGACAGGAGUUUGGUAGUGCAGGGAGAACAGCUGUGUGUGUGAAGAGAGAAGGAGAAACAGCAGGCAGACACAUCACUGUAGUGGAGGCACCAGGAUGGUGGAUGAACUACACUGUAGAGCAAACUCCUGAACGUGAUAAAGGAGAGAUUGUCCUCAGUGUGUCUCUGUGUCCUCCAGGACCCCAUGCUCUACUCCUGGUCAUUAGGGUGGAUAGGUCAUUCACAGAGACAUACAGAAGAGCAGUGCAGGAACACAUGGAGCUUCUGGGUGAGAGAGUCUGGAGUCACACUAUAGUGCUGUUCACCAGAGGGGACUGGCUGGGAGACACAAGCAUUGAGCAGCACAUUGAGAGUGAAGGAGAGGCUCUGCAGUGGGUUGUAGAGAAAUGUGGGAACAGGUACCAUGUUGUAGACAAUAAGAAGAGUGAUGGUGGCCAGGUGACAGAGCUGCUGGAGAAGAUAGAAGAGAUGGUGGCAGGAAACAGAGGUCAUCAUGUGGACUUUGAUGCAAAGAUCAUAAAUGGAUUGAAGAAGAGAAAAGAGGAAGAAAAGAGAAGAGCAGAGGAGAGGAAGAUGAAGGUGAAGAAACAGAGAGAGACUCUCAGAUCAUCAGCAGGUGGUGUUCCACAUAUAUCAGACAUGAGGAUCGUGCUGCUGGGAGGACGAUUGCAGGGGAAGAGUUCAUCAGGAAACACCAUCCUGGGCAGACAGGAGUUUGGUACUGCAGGGAGAACAGCUGAGUGUGUGAAGAGAGAAGGAGAAACAGCAGGCAGACACAUCACUGUAGUGGAGGCACCAGGAUGGGCAAACACUGUAGAGCACACUCCUGAACGACCCCAUGCUCUACUCUUGGUCUAUAGUGUGAAUUGGUCAUUCACAGAGACAGACAGAAGAGCAGCGCAGGAACACAUGGAGCUUCUGGGUGAAAAAGUCUGGAGUCACACUGUACUGCUGUUCACCUGGGGGGAGUGGCUGGGAGACACAAGCAUUGAGCAGCACAUUGAAAGUGGAGGAAAGGCUCUGCAGUGGGUUGUAGAGAAAUGUGGGAACAGAUACAAUGUUUUAGACAAUAGGAAGAGUGAUGGUGGCCAGGUGACAGAGCUGCUGGACAAGAUAGAAGAGAUGGUGGCAGUGAGCAGUGGAGAAUGGAGCAUGGAUCAACCUCCGAAAUUUGGAGAUGGGCAGACUACAGUGAUCACUUCAGGAGACUCUGCCCUGGGCUCUUCUAAAUCAUCUCUUAUGUCCAAGCUGAAGAGGCGCUUUAAGACUCUCAGCACUGCACCCUCCACCACGUCAUCUGGAUACGCCACAGGCCAAUCAGAGAAGAGUGGAUCUGCAGACAGCUCAUCUGUUAUGGCUCCACACUCCAGAGUGGGUGGGGAGAUCAAGAAGACAACUGCAGGACAGCCAAAACCAACCUUGGGACAAGCACUUCCUAAUGCAGGUGGUCAAGGACAAGAUCUGUUUGUUGAUAUUUCUUCAAUAUCUGUGAAUGAGACUGAAUGCAUUGGACGAGGAUCCUUUGGUUCAGUUUACAAAGGAUCGUACCAGGGACAACCUGCUGCAGUGAAGGUCAUACAGAUUGGAGACAAUCAAGUGACCACCAAUGAACUGAUGAUACCCAGGCGUUUAUGUCACCCCAAUAUUGUAAAGAUGAUGGCAUGCUCUAGAAGUGAGACACGGAUUGUUAUUGCUAACGAGUACAUUGAUGGACCAAAUCUACACAAUAUUCUCCACAGUGUCACUCCUGUCAAGUUGCAGCAGGAGGACAAACUAUCAGUGUCUCUGGAUAUCUCCAUGGCUGUGGAGUACAUACAUGAUAGAGGAGUCAUCCACCAGGACCUGAAGCCAGCCAAUAUAAUGGUUGCUUCAAGCUCCAAGCGGGCCUACCUGACUGACUGGGGUUUGGCAAACAUGAGGGACUCUGUAAUGAUGUCACGGGCGACGGGACACAUGGGAGCUGUGGGCAGUGUGCUGGGAGGAACUCCACCGUACAUGGCCAGAGAGUGCUUAGUACAGUGUAGGAAAUGCAGCACUAGGUCAGACAUGUGGUCUCUUGGCAUCACACUUCUCGAGAUGUUCACCAACUCUAAGCCUUGGCUCAAGACCAGCACACAAGAGAUACGUGAGCGGCUGUUUGAGCAAAAUAGUCCAGAUGCUCUGGCGUACCUACAGCCACCUUUUCACGACAUUGUGAAACCACUGCUACUGCAUGAACCUGAGUCUCGCAUGAGUGCCAAAGAUCUAGUGGUUCUAUUGAAGAAAAAGGUUAAAAGAUCAAGUUAG